CGGGGCGGGGGAGGGCAGGGCAGGGUGGCGGGUGCCCUCAGCUCGGGUUGGAGGCCGUGAGCAGCUGCUAGAGGAGGAGGAGGAGCAGGAGGAGGAGGAAGGGGAAGGCGAGGCAAGGAAGAGGAGGGAGGGAAGAGAAGAGGAGGAGGAGGAGGGGGCAGGGAGAAGUGAAGAGAAGAGAAGAGGCGAGGAGAGGAGAGCAGGAGCGAGCUUGUGUUCUUCCUGCGACGAGGAGGGAGGAGGAGGAGGAGGGGGCGGGCGGGCAGAGGCAGAGACGGAACUACUCAUCGUGGCGAGGGAGCGUCUCGUCUGUCUGCUGCUGCGUGCUGGCGGGCAUGGUUGCUUGCACGCAGCGUCGGUCUAGGGAUUGCGGACGGGCCGGGAACGGAUUGGAGGUGGAGAGUGGUUUCUUUCCGGCGAUCGCAGGAUUGAUUGAUCGAGGGGAGGGAGGGUUUGGUGGCGAGGAUUGCCGUCUGGGUUGUGCGUGGAGAGGAUUUCUUGGAGGCCGGAGGAGUCGAUGGUCAGAGGAGGAAUUGAGGAUUUGAUUCGGGCGCGAGAUCGGAAGAAUCGGCGGAGGGACUGAUUGAGAAUAUAUUGGGUGAGGAAGUAGACGAGGUGCUGGUUGUGUUGUUGGUUGGUUGGUUCUGUAUUUAUGGUUGUGGUGUAUGUUGUGUGCCGUUUUGUUAGAUCGAGGCGCUGGAGGGGUGUUGUGUGAAUAUUAUACAUUCUCUUAGGAGGGGAAUUUGUCGCGAGUGGUGGGAGGGAGCAUGUCCAUGCUGGUAGGGGUGAGGGGACAAUCAAGAGAGAGCGAAGGGGCAGCACUGCGAGAGGGAAUAAUACAGCAGCCUGGUCCUUUUUACAAUGGCAACCCUUCUUCUAUCAUAUGGGGCACAUCAAAUGCUGCGCCGCUCUGGAGAGAUGAGAACUCCGCUUAUUCUACAUCCUCGUCUCCUUUCUCUAGUGUCCAGCAGCAGCAGCAGCGUGUGCAGGAGGAAGAAACGGAGAAAGAUGUUGGGAUGAACGUAGCAGCCGGAGAAACGAGGGCGGCCACCAAGGGCUCCAGGCGCCAUGUUGCUCGGAAUUAUGUACCUCGUACUUCCAAUCCUCCUGCCCCAGCUUCUUCUCCUUUUGCCUUCGGGUUUCCUCCUCAACCUAAUCCUGGUCCUGCAUCCGCGCCUGCUGCUGGACUCGGUCAGCCAGGGAUUUCCUCUGCUGGGACAUCUGCUAGUUCUUUUGUGGCGUUCGGCGCUGGUGUCAAUUUUACCCCCGACGCGCCAAGCAGGGUUGCGAAUGCGCCUGUUAUUCGACCAGUUAUUGAUUUGAGUGCACAAGACGAACGGAUGGAAGAUAUCGAGGAGGUGAUUCCGGCAAUGUCCAAUCUGUCGGUUAAAGAGCAACGGAACGAAACUAGAUUACACGUCUCGUCUGCCCAGCCGACUGCUUCCAAUGUCAGUGCUCUAGACGUCUCUCCGUCAUGGGGUACUGGAUCUGAUGUGAGUGAGAAGUUCAGUGCUUUAGGGGUGAACUGUUCUUCCGAGACUUCGAGCGAACGAACUGAUGCUGCCGGGGUCUUCGUAUUCGUGGCCCAAACUACGAGCAAUGCAGGUGGUUCCGCUCCACCCAAGCCGGCGGUCGUUACAACACCUGCAGUGUCCACGAGACCUCGAGUGAAGGUGAAGAGAAGUGGUUUCGCGGCCAAGGGCAAGGGUAUAGCUGCAGGUAAUGGGCCAUUCAAUGUACCUUCACCCAUGGGUUUGGAUGGCUAUCCAUCCGUGACUGGAGAAUGUUCUUUCUCAUCACCUAGUUUCGGUCCCUCAUCUGUCCAGGAUGUGAAAAGCACAAUUGAAGAUCCCAGAACUCAAGACCUUCCAUCUUCUUCGUCUCUUCCUAUGUCUGCAUCCCAAGAUUCUCUUAUGGAAGGUGUGCACCAGUCCUGGUCCGAAAGAUCCUCUCCUUCUAGGUCAGGUCGAAAUGCUGUCUUUGUUGAAAAGUCGUGGAUUGAUCGUCCCCCUGAAGAAUUAGGCACUAGGACGAAAUCUCCUUUUGUAGCUGAAAAGAUCUUCAAAUCAAAGGAAUUUGAUCAAGCAACUGCGAGAGGCUGUGAUAUUUUGCUUCCCUCUGCCUUCAGUAAGGUCGGUGCUUCUGGAAAGGGUCUUCUUGAUGAAAGUUGCAGCUCCACUCAGUCGCUGAAUGCGUCGUUCGCGGGAGUGACGUUCUCUAAUUCGAAAAGUAAGGAGAUGUCUGGGAAACAUGGGCUUGCUUCAGGUCAUGCUGAUGUCAAAGCGCAUUUGCAGCCAGUCGAAGAUUUAAUUUCAGGCUUUGCAAGGAAAUUGUACGGAGGAUCUGGUGGGAUCGCAUCUGAUAAAGGACCUAAAAUGCCUGGAUUGUUCAAUUCUCGCAAUGUGCGGCCUGCCGAAGAGAAUGCAGAUGUUCCACCUGCAUCGGGUACCGGGUUUCGACAGGCGAUUCACACCGGUGGGAGAGAAGCAGGAGAACCCUUUGUGUUCGGGGCAUCAUGGUCUCAUCAACCUAGUACUCUUCCCGAUGUGCCGUCUCCAUCAACACCUUUUAAGUUUGGGGCGAAGGUCAAUUCUCCGUCUCCAUGCCUUAGCUCGAGUACUGGAGGAGGCUGUGUCAGCCGAAGCGCAAGUAUCUCCGUUUCGGACCUUCUUGACUUGAAGCAUAAGAAUUCAGCUACUGUUGACGGUAGCUUUACUCCACUUUCCGAGGCUGACGCAGUUACGUCUUCUUUCUCUUCCUUCAAUUUGGGCGCAUCUAUCUCCAGUUCCAAGGUCGACAGCCCUAAUAGUACUCGAUUUCCUUAUAUGGGUAACGAUAAGUCAACUGUGGAAACCUCAGUUGCAAGUGGAGCAAAUGCCGCAAGUGCGGAUUCUGUCGACGGCGAUCCAUCUAGUUCUUCAUACAGUACCGCGCCUUCCCAUUUUGUGUUUUCAGCCGGGUCCGGCUCUACAUCCUCUACUUCUCCAGCGGUACCUGGACAUCAAGGCAGUAGUGGAAGCGAUGCCGCGGCAGCUCUGGAAAAGAAAGUCAAAGAAGGCAUGUUUCAACCAGUAUUUUCCGCAGGUCCAGUUCCUACAGAGACGCAACAAUCUUCACAGCCUUCUCAUUCCAAUUCGAGUAACUCUUUCGAAUUCCGUGCAAGUAGUGGUAGUAGCAAGGGUGCGUCUACAAGGAAAAAGGUUAAUAAAACUCAUAUAGCGGCGCCCAGGCGGGCCAGCCGCAGCUCGAGUGCAUCGAAAGACAAGAAGAAUGUGGGAGGCUCCUUCAUGAAUUUCGCCAGCGCUUCUGGACCCUCCGUGGUUCCCGACGAUGCUGGAUCCCCCAUGGACUUUUCACCUCAGCGUUUCACUCCUCCCGACGGAUUUGAGAAUGGCCACGACUUGGAGCAACCUUAUAAAUCGUGGAGCCAGCGAAGUCAGUCCUUGGAGAAGGAAGGUGCAGACGGGGAUGACGAGUGGGCACAGUUUUCUGAGACGGACAUGGCUAUGGAUAACCUGAGGACUGCAGCGAUGAACUUGACACUAGGGAAGGAAGAUUUUUGCUCGCCUGGCAAAGAAAACUCUCCUAAUAAAGCGACUGGCAAGAAUGGGAAAUGGAAGCGUGCUCCAUUUGAUGACAAUCAAACUCCCUUAAGUGGUAGAGACAACAAUUCAGCUGAGCCGAAAGUGGACAUCGCUAACGAUUGCGAUAGCGCCGCCAGUAGUUCAUCUCGCAGUGUCGACUCCAGUGCCAGCAGCAGUGGUUACAGCCCCUACAAAUUUUCUGCCGGGGCUCAGAAUUUUCCUUCAACCACCACCUUGCUAAAGAGACAUGCCCCUAGAAAUCGUAGGGAUAAACCAGGUGCAGGAUCUGGAGAGGCUGGGAGAAAUGCAAGGACUCGAGGAGAGAAUGUGGGAACAACUGAUGCAAAUGUUCCAAAGCAAAAUAGUGUUUUAAAUGCCACGGCCACAGGUCUAACAUCCAAUGCGCAACGUCCAGUUUUCAGUUUCGAAUCUGCAAGAGAGACCAACAUAGGCGACUCAGAGAAGGGGAUGUUGGGAAGGACUGUUAGCGGGACUGGGGUUAGUAACAAGGGGCCAUCUGUUACGUUUACUGCCAGACCUAGCUCAUGGUCAACAGAAGCAUCAUCAACUAUGGGUCCUUUGCCCAGAACAGACGUAGCCGGACCCCUCAGCCCAAGAUCUUCGGGAGCUGCAGCAACCGAGCAAGUCUGCGAGAAAUGGCGUCUUAGAGGAAAUCAGGCGUAUGCAAAUGGAGAUUUUCCGAAAGCUGAGGAGUAUUAUUCACGAGGUGCUAGUAGCGUACCUCCUAAUGAAACGUCACAAAGUUGUAUCAGAGCAUCUAUGCUGUGCUAUAGCAAUCGCGCUGCUACACGCAUGGUGGUUGGGCGUAUGCGGGAAGCUUUGGCUGAUUGCAUGCGAGCGAUGGCCGUUGAUCCUAAUUUUCUUCGUGUCCGAUUGAGGGCAGCUAGUUGUCAUCUUGCUUUAGGUGAAAUAGAUGCUGCAGAAGCAGCCUACAAAGAGUGUCUUCGUCGAGCUAAGGAUGAUAGUCAGCCUGAUACUAAAGUUUCACAAGAAUCUACUGAAGGACUGCGGAAAACAUUGCAAGUAAGAGAAUACUUAGAUCGCGCUUUGGAGAUACUGGAAAACUGGAACUCUGGUGACGUUCCAACUGCUUUGCGUUUACUGAACGAGGCACUUCUAAGUAGCCCUCAUUCUGAACGGGCCCUUGAAUUGAAGGCUUGCGUCCUUUUACUGCUCCGAAAGUACGACGAAGUUGUCCAGCUGUGCGAACUAAGUUUGGCUUCAGCAGAACGUAAUCAUGCGGCAGUGAGUGUCGAGUCUUCUACAUAUCCACAGCCUCAAGGCAGUCAGACUCAACUUGGAGGUUAUGCCUUGAAGGUUUGGAGGUGGCAGCUCAAUGCUAGAGCGAAGUUUCAUUUAGGGAGACUUGAGGAGGCUCUCGAGUUACUGCAAAAGCUCGAUGAGGUUGCCUCAUUUCAUAAAACUACCAGCAUUAGCACUUCACUUAAUGCCGAGUCUACGUCUCUUUCCAUAUUAAGCAUCAGGGACCUCCUCCGCCACAAGGCUGCUGGAAACGAGGCAUUCCAAGCCGGAAAACAUGCUGAAGCGGUCGAACACUACACUGCCGCUCUGGCGUGCAAUGGAGACUCACGCCCUUUCAAUGCAGUCUGCCUUUGUAACCGGGCAGCAGCCUCCCAAGCAUUGGGUCAUAUCGGCGAUGCCAUUGCUGAUUGUAGCCGUGCCAUCGCCUUGGACCCAAAGUAUGCCAAGGCCAUUUCCAGACGAGCCACCUUGCACGAAAAAGUUCGUGAUUAUGGGCAGUGCUGCCACGAUUUGCAGCGAUUGAUAACCCUUCUGGAAAGUCAGCAGCAACAGGUCAGGACAACGCAAGUUGGUCCUGGUCGUCUCGGCAGGUCAACGAAUAGCACCCAGGACCUGAGACAAGCCCGUGAGCGGCUAGCCAAGGCGGAGGAAGAAAUGAAAAAAGGGCAUCCCUUAGAUCACUAUAUGAUACUAGGAUUGGAGCCAGCCUGCUCGAGCGCCGAAAUCAAGAAGGCCUACAAGAAAGCUGCUUUGAGGCAUCACCCUGAUAAGGCAGGGCAGUUUUUGGCGCGAAGCGAGGGGGGAGAUGAUGGUGGUCUGUGGAAAGAGGUUGGUGAUGAAGUUCGACGCGAAGCCGAGCGUCUCUUUAAGCUUAUUGGUGAAGCAUAUGCAAUUCUUUCUGAUCCCCAGAAGCGCUUAAGGUACGAUCAAGAUGAAGAUAUUCGGAAGCUGAGAACGCGCGCCAGCGGGGCCACUGGAUUAUCUGAAAUCUACCGAAGUGCAGAAAGAGCAGGAGUAGGUCGAAAACCUCGUGACCGAUAUGAUUCGUGGAGUAGUGGCCAUAGCUACGGUCAACAUCAACGCUGGCAAAGUGGCCCAGAUGCAGCUCAACCUGACACAUACGCUCGACGGGGAAGCGGGAGAUACGGUUCAAAUAGCACUGCCCGGACUACUGGCGAUGGUGGGACUGAAUAUGAUGACUGGGACUGAGUAUGAUUGGGAUAACAUGUAAAGUUCUCCUUCUUGACGUUGGCAAACUCCGAGUUAUCAUUUCCUCAUUGGAUCCUCGGUAUUUGCCAUUUGCCUUCAUAUCUGAAAGGAAUGUGAGAUCUACAUUCCUGAGCUUCAGUUUAGUAGUUAAUUUUUUAUCCAGCCUCUAUAUGAUUCCAAUUUUUCCAAACAGAAGAGUGAUGUGUAUGCGUCUACAACCAAUCACCCAUGGAAUGGACCUUUGAGGGCCAUCAUUCGAACACCCUCUUGAGCUUAGUAGGAGUAUAUGCUAGUUCAGCAAUUUUCUGUUGUACAUUGGUAGCUUAUAAAGCCACCAAAGUGAAAAAUUUCAUAUGUUUCUCUACACCUAUCAAUAUCAAUGUGCAUGCGAAGCCUAUCUUUUCUUAU